AUGCAAUACUGGCAACAGCAACAGCGUGGCUCAAUGCAACGGACGUCUCCAGGAGAACAGCAGAAACAGAGGCCGCUCAAUGUCCCGUCUGCACCACACACGAAAGUCCAACAGAACUCAGCAUCUCAACAAAAGCGCCAUGCAUUGUCAAAACUGUCACAAGCUGUACACAACGAGAUCAAAGAUUCUUCAAAUCAAGUCGACCUAGAGCAAGUUCUUCUACGCAUCCUCGCCGGCCCAUCAGAAGCCGAAGAAGUUGAAGACAGCUCCUCAUCCUCCCACAACUCCAAAGUCUUUGUUUCCAAGUCCGAAGCCAUAAAAGCCGCCCAACUCCUCUCCACCAUCAUAAAACAAAGCCCGGGCUCAGCAUACUCGCACCCACGCAAACCGACCCAAGGCUUCAACACGAACACACUCCAAUGCCCGCACUGCACAUACACCGUCGCCCGCCCCUGUGAUCUCAAAAAGCACAUGAAACGCCACGAAAAACCCUACGGCUGCACAUACCCCAGAUGCCACAAGCGCUUCGGCGCCAAAUCCGACUGGAAACGCCACGAAAACAGCCAACACUUCCAACUCGAAGCCUUCCGAUGCUCUUUACCCUCCCCCACAUCCCCUACCACAGACUGCGCCGCGCACUUCUUCCGCCCCGAACAAUUCAAAACUCAUCUCCUCACCUCACACAAACUCGCGACGUCUUCCAUCGAUGAAUACGUGCGCCGCAACCGUAUUGGCAAGAACUGCCAGGGCCAGUUCUGGUGUGGGUUUGAGAAGCGCAUUGUCGAGCUCAAGGAGAAGAGGAAUGCGGCGUGGGAUGAACGGUUUGAUCAUAUUGCGGCGCAUUUUGAGAGGGAUGAGAUGAGCAUUGAGGAGUGGGUUUGUGUGGAGGAGGGGAGGAAGAAGGGGGUUUUGGGGAAGGAGAGGGAGAGGUAUGUUUUUGAUGAGGACGAGGUGCUGGUUCCGCCUGUACCGCCUGUGCAAAGGAAUGAAAUGAAGAGGGUGGCUGUCAAAGGCGACGGAUGGAAGACCAUGACGAUGGUCAUGCAGUGA